CGAGGAUCGCUGUGCUGCGCACGCAGAGAGACAGUAGCGUUAACGAUGGCGGCCGACAGCGGCUGUUCUCCUCCUACGUCUCCGCUCGCACUCCCGUGCGCCUUCUCCCCGGCCCCGCGGCGGCAGUACCUGGCCGUGUGCGCUCGGGACGGUCGCCUGCGCAUCUGGGACUCGGACGGCGGCGGUAACCUGCGGCAGGAAUACGCGCCCUCCGCGCGGCUCAGCGCCGCCUGCAGCUGCGUGGCGUGGGGCCCGUGCCGAACGACCAAGGAGGGUCCUCAGAGGAAGAAAAGGAAAUCGGAGGCAGGACAGUCUGCAGGGCAGUCGGAUCUGUUGGCGCUGGGCACAGCUGCGGGCACGGUCCUCAUCUACAGCACAGUGAAGGGCGAUCUCCACUGCACGCUGGAUGGAGGGCAUAAUGGAGGGGUUAACAGUGUCCAGUGGCACCCUGAAGAGUCACUUCUUUACAGCGGUUCAGACGACACGCACAUUGUUGAGUGGGACCUGCAGAUGGGCAAAUCACGUUGUAAAUGGAAAGCAGACAGAGCAGCGGUGACCAGUCUGUGUGUGAGUCCAGAUGGGAAGCUCUUGCUCUCCGCUGGAAUGACCAUCAAAAUGUGGGAUCUGGAGACAAAAGAAGUGUAUAGAAGGUUCACAGGUCACUCCACCAUGGUAACGAUGCUGUGCUUUGCCACAAACCGACCACCAGACAGCAACGGCCUCUACUUUGUGUCCGGAGCAGCUCAUGACAGACUUCUUAGUGUGUGGCAGGUGCGAUCUGACGGCAAAGACAAGAACUCUGUGGUAUCCUUCACCUUGACGGAUGAACCCCAACACAUUGACCUGCAGACAUCCAACAACAAAGACGAGGCGGUGAGGUUAGCAGUGGUGUGUAGGGAUGGGCAGCUUCACCUCUUUGAGCACUUUCUCAAUGGGCCGUGUAAAAAGCCCUUAUCUCCAGUCUGUUCAGUGCAAGUGUCAAGUGUUGGAGGAAAAGCGGAGGGCGACACACCUGUACCUGUGCCCCUGCUGGCUUCAUCUCUGUGUGCAGACAAACAGAACCUUGUUCUGGCCUAUGGAAACCAACUACAGCCUGUUGUAGAGAAAAUGCCUAUAAAUGCAACAGAGAGGCACAUGUGCCUGGUCCGAGACUUACACACCACACUCUCGCUUUCUGUUGAUGCUGCUGUGUCCAAGGUGAAGACGCCUAUUGUAAAUGAACAGAAAAGCAAAGUUUUAAUACCAGGGCUUCCCGGACAUCAAGCACCAAUCAAAGCAGCUCCCAGUAAAUCAGAGAAGAGGAAGCAAGGGUCCAGCGCAACAGAGAUUUCUAUAGAGGAGCGGUUGGAGCAGAUCGGGUUAAGUGUGUCGGGGGGUAAAGGUGAGGAUAAGGCUGCUGCUUCCUCUCUACAGACAGACAGCUUUGCUGUGCUGUUGGUGCAGGGCCUGGAGAGCAAGGAUGAGAAAAUCCUUAAUAAAAUCUUCCAAACAAAGAAAGAAAUUUUGAUAAAGAAAACGGUUGCCCGGUUACCCCCUACGGCUGUCUUGCCUCUCUUGGAAGAGCUGUCAAGAAGACUGCAAGGACAUCCAUUUGCGGCGAUGCUUAUAGUCCAGUGGUUAAAGGCAGUUUUGACGCAGCACACGUCAUACUUAUCAUCGCUACCAGACCUGGUGUCUCAGUUGGGGGUGCUGUACCACAUGAUUGAGAGCCGGGUGAAGUUGUACCAUCAGCUGACGAGACUUCAUGGCAAACUCUACCUGCUCAUGACUCAGGUGGCAGCAAGCAGCACUGCUCCCAAAGCUGGUGACCUGGAUCACACAGCCAAGCUUGUGUAUGAGGAAGAGUCUUCGGAUGAAGAUGAAGACUCCGGAGCUGAAGGACUCCAUGAUGAUGACUCUGAUGACUGGGAGGAAGAGGAAGAAAAGGAAGGGGCAAUGGAGAUGAUGGAAGAUGGGGAAAAUCAUGCAGACAAGGAUGAUGACGAAGAUGACAUGAAAGAAGAGUCCAAAGUGAACGGUGAUUCGGACUUAGACCCUGAAAAUGAGAGUGAAGAGGAAUGAAAAACUAAUCAGCAAAGGAAAUCGACAAAAACAAAAGGAUCCGGGAAGAUUUAUAUAUUUCAUUUUAUUUUUCUUUUCAUUUUAUUGUUUAAAAAAAAAAAAAUAAAAAUACAAGAAAGGUUGUUUUAUAGAGUUCCAACAGCCGCCGUGUCCUGGACUGAAAGUGGCCGUUUCCCCAGGAUGGCCACUAGGGCGGCGAAACUUGACAGCUUGACCAGGCUGAGAACUGCACAGCAGAAAGCAGAAAAUCUAUUCUACUCGCAGUUCGUCCACAGACUGCAUCCAUCUUUAUUAUAAUUUUUUUUUUUUUUUUUUUUUUCUUUCCCCCCUCUUGUUUUUUGCCCGGUGCUGUGGUAACUGUACCACGCCUUCCUUUAACAUGGCAGGAGUGUUAGUCAGGGCUUAGGUUGUAUAUUUUAUCCAUAUACAAUAUGUGCAUCUGUUCAGUACAGUGUGUUUGAGUCUUGCAGCUUUAUAAUGAAAUUUCCAAAUUGCCAGCAAAUACAGGGAAUUAAAGACUCAGUGGUUUUUUUUUUUUUUUUUUCCUUCAUUCUGAACCCACACAGAGCAAUCAGUUACCCUGCUUGUGUUUUUUUUUUUUUUUUUUUUAGUCAAGUCAAGACUCUGGUCAGUCUGAAUCAUAAUUGCCAUUUCAUUGAGAAUUGCAUGGAUUGCAGGCUAAACCAGGUCUUCAUGAGACAUGCGUCAUAACCUGAAAGGUUCAAACAUUCAAUACUAGAACUGUCCUGAUUGUGGCUUUAACUCUUAUACAUCGACUCCCGUUGUCUUUGAAAGUAUCAAGACAACAUUUGGGUCCAGGAAUCCAGUAAAAUCUUGUCACACAUCGAGUAAAUUUUUCAAACCUGUCGAUAAACAGAGUGUAUAAUGUGCCUUUGUGUUUCUAAGCCACCUUUUUAUGUUUAAACCCCCUCCCCCCCUUUAUCCUCUCUGUAUGUGUCUGUCUGCCUGCAGUGUUAGAAUGGAAUUGUCCACCUUCUUUUAUGACCGCUAGAUGGCAAGCCUGAUAGUGGAAGACCAUGUGAACGUCAAUCAAUUAGGUGAUUAAUGAAUAUUAGAGUUUAUUCAUACGUCUCUCAGAGGGUUGAGAGGUGCUCGUUGAUGAUGCUCCAAAAAUACAAAAAGUGGUUGUUUCAAAUUUUGGUGACCAUAACCUUUUUCAUGCAAACAAUAUAUCCACGACUGUUGUACAGUUUCAGUGAAAUAAAUUUUUUUUUUUGGUUCUCAGA